UUUCACUUUCCCAAUCCUCGCUGGAUCUGUGAGGAGAACCGACCCGAGCCGGGGCUCCGAGCCGGGACUUGCGCUGCUCUCUGCCCGCCUGGAUGGCGUCUCCGGCGGCUGCGAGGCGGAGGAUCCCCCGCCUGCUGGUCCUGGUCCUCGGCGCGCCGCUGCUGCUGCUGCUGGCCUCCGCAGAACUGGUCUGUCACUGCACCGGGAAGUCCCGCUGUCACUGCGAGGGGGUCAAAGGUCAAAAGGGAGAAGCAGGAUACCUGGGAGACCCAGGACUUCCUGGAGUAAUGGGAUUUCCUGGAAGCGAAGGUCACCUAGGGUCACCAGGAGAAAAGGGUGACCCGGGAAAUGCAGGCAGUCGAGGAAUUAAGGGCUCUCGGGGAAUUCCUGGAAGACCAGGUUUUCCAGGACCUCCAGGUCUUCCAGGCCUUCCUGGACAUGAAGGGCCACUGGGUCGACCCGGACUCCCAGGAUGCAACGGGACAAAAGGGGAGGCCGGAUCCCGAGGGGUUCCUGGACCUUCAGGACCGCCAGGACCACGAGGGCCCCCGGGGUCACAGGGCAUGAAGGGAGACUCGGUCAUGAUCCCCUUCAGGCAGGAAGUAAAAGGAGCGGCGGGACCACAAGGGCCAACCGGCAGAAAGGGGCAAAGUGGACAUGGAGGAGAACCGGGGAAACCGGGUCGGCCCGGAGCCCAUGGACUUCCUGGAAGACCAGGACCUGCAGGAAUUCAAGGAGAAAAGGGUCUGGAAGGUUCCAGUCCGACGAGUCCCGGUCCGCAGGGCUGGAAGGGCGAUCGUGGCCCUCCAGGGAUCCCCGGGAAGCACGGCAUCAAACUCUACGCUGAAGGACCCAAAGAGCUGAAGGGCGAGCCGGGCGAAGCGGGCCAGAAAGGGUUUCCCGGUCUUCCUGGGGAGCCAGGGAGCCUGGGGGCGAAAGGAGAGAAGGGCGACAGAGGAGAGCCCGGCUCAUUGGGAAAACCAGGAAAGAUGGGAUUACUGGGAGAACUGGGACAGCUGGGUGACCCCGGAGACGUCGGCUUCAUCGGCCCGCCCGGCCUGGACGGCGCCGUGGGAGAAAAAGGCGACCGAGGGCCUGCAGGGCCCCCAGGAGAGGUGAUCUUUAAUCACAAAUCCGUGAAGGGCCAGCGAGGUUUCCCCGGGCCCCUUGGACCCGCCGGGUUCCCCGGGAUUCAAGGUCCGAUCGGGUUCCCGGGACUGAAGGGCAAGUCAGGUGAGGCCUCCAACGGACCGCCAGGUUCUCCUGGUCCAAUGGGCUCAGUUGGACCCAAGGGGGAACCAGGACCACCGGGCCUGGUGGUUACCGGACCGGCAGGAUUCACUGGAGCCCCAGGACCUCUUGGACUUCAGGGAGAACCAGGAGAGCCUGGAAUACCAAACGUGGACGUCGUAGGACAGGGUGAUCCCGGUAGGAAGGGCUCAAAAGGCUCUCGAGGCCCUCCGGGGGACAAAGGGACGCCUGGGGAAAAGGGUCAGAAAGGGGAGGUUUGCACAGACUGCCAUGUUAAGGCUGGAACUCCUGGACCUCAGGGGCCACCAGGGCCGCCAGGUCAGAAAGGGUUGCCAGGUGCCGUUGGAUCUUCAGGACCAGCAGGUGAUAAAGGCUUGAAAGGAGCUGCAGGCCCACCUGGACCACAGGGCCCCUGGGGCCCCCCGGGGUUCCCGGGGCCCCAGGGGCCUCCGGGCGAACCGGGGUUCAACACCUGGCCGGGGCAGAAGGGGGAGGCCGGGGACCCGGGCGACGCGGGGCAGCCGGGCGAGGUGGGGCGGGACGGGUUCCCAGGACGGCCGGGUCCAAAAGGCCGAAUGGGAGAGAAAGGAAACCCGGGGCCGCAGAGGUCAAAAGGUAACCGGGGCCCACCGGGCCCCCCUGGUGCCAGUGGGACGCCGGGCCCACCGGGUCCACCGGGCCCACCGGGUCCGCCAGAUUAUCCGGGUCGUCCAGGACCGACGGGGCCCAAAGGAGCUAACGGCUACAUGGGAGAUCCUGGAGCACCGGGCCCUAAAGGAGAGAAAGGCUCUAAGGGGAACAUCCACAACGUUCCAGGAGAACCGGGACCGAAAGGCCACAGAGGAUGGCCGGGCGAAACCGGACCUGAAGGUGAGACCGGACCUCCGGGUCUCAGAGGAUGGCCUGGUCCAAAAGGUCAAAAGGGCUGUGACGGUUCCUCUCGCAAGGGUAACCGGGGCAACGCGGGGUCAAAAGGAGACAAGGGGUCCAAAGGAAAGCCAGGGGCCCCCUGCUAUGGCAUGAAGGGCCGAGCGGGGCCCCCGGGCCCCCUGGGACCCCCCGGCCCAAAGGGGAACAGAGGCUUUGGGCCGCCGGGUGAGGCGGGUGAACCGGGCCCUCGGGGGCCGGACAGCUGCGACGGACCUCCGGGCGACCCGGGACCGCCGGGACGGCCGGGAGUUCAGGGACCCGUGGGACAAGAUGGCCGCCCGGGGCCCAAAGGUCACCGUGGCGUUGAUGGGGAACCUGGUCCCAGGGGUCCGUUUGGGCCCUGUGUCCCCGGAGCUCCAGGACCUCCAGGACCACAAGGGCCGGCGGGUCCAAUUGGACCCACAGGAACCACGGGGCCGCCGGGUCCGAAGGGAGAUCCUGGGACCCCCUUCUCGGGAACCCCCGGGCCCAUUGGGCCACCGGGCCCACCGGGACCCGAUGGAGGUCCAGGGCCGGCCGGGGAAACGGGGCCCAAAGGGUGGAGAGGGAAUCCCGGAGAGCCUGGAGGUCCAGGGCCCAGAGGAGACAUGGGUGUUCCAGGGCCGAUGGGGCGUCCUGGAAACGCCGGACCGCCUGGGCCCAGUGGAGAACCGGGACCACAAGGUCAGAAGGGUCGGGACGGUUCAAGAGGUUCUCCAGGACCGGCAGGACAGCCAGGGGACAAAGGGGAAACUGGACCCAAAGGCUCCUCAACGGCCAUUGGGAUCCCAGGGGAUCCCGGAGACCCUGGAUUUCCAGGACCCAGAGGUCUCACUGGGGAAAAAGGACAAGGAGGCCCCCCAGGGAGCCCGGGGCCACCGGGCCUGGACGGAAAGCCUGGAGGUCCGGGGCCCCCAGGACGUCCUGGAGAUCCGGGUAGAGAUGGAGAGAGAGGUCCUCCUGGUGGCCCUGGACCCCCAGGGGACAAGGGACGCACUGGUAGACCAGGCGACCCGGGUGAAAAAGGUGCAAACGGACCCAAUGGGCUCCCUGGUUCAGAUGGAGGGCCAGGACAACCCGGAGAUCAGGGACCUAAAGGAGAACCAGGUUUUGGACCGGGAGCAAAAGGCUGUAAAGGAACGAAGGGGCCUCCUGGGCCUCCAGGACCUUCAGGUCCAAAAGGACCAGGAGGACCAGCUGGAGACGUUGGCCCCCCGGGGCCCUGCGGUCCUUGUGGACCUGUGGGAUCCGAAGGGCCGCCUGGAUCCAAAGGUUUUCCUGGUGGAGCCGGUGAGAAAGGUUUGGACGGCCCUCCUGGGACCUGUGGCCCUCCAGGGCCUUCUGGAAAACCAGGAUGGCAGGGCUCUCCUGGAGCGCCAGGUCCACCCGGACCCAAAGGAGACCAGGGCCGGGACGGGUUCCCCGGGGCUGACGGAGAGAAAGGAGAUAUGGGCUCGUGUGUUUAUGGACCUGGGGGGCCGACAGGAGGACCGGGCCCCCCUGGACCCGUGGGGGAAAGAGGUCCGCCGGGAUGCUGUGGGCCUCCUGGACCCUCUGGGCCUGCAGGAGACCCGGGUUACAAAGGCACUAAGGGCCCCCCAGGGCCUCCUGGAUGUCCUGGGAAGAAAGGGGGAGAGUGCAUUGAUGGAAUGAAGGGAUAUAAAGGAUUUCCUGGACCUAAAGGACCGAAAGGCCCUAAGGGACCGCCCGGUCCGCCGGGUCCUGGUUACAAAGGCCAUAAAGGCGUUAAAGGAGAACCGGGUCUCCCAGGACCACCGGGACCAAUCGGUGACCCCGGUCCUUAUGGACCUCCUGGUCCUUGCGGGCCGCCUGGAUAUCCUGGAGAUAAAGGCUGCAGAGGCCCGAAUGGACCAAAGGGUCAAAUCGGUAUGGAAGGGGAGAAAGGACCGCCAGGUAACUCUGGCCCAGGUGGACCAUCAGGACGAAUGGGGAGCCCAGGACCAAAUGGGAAGGACAGGUAUGUUGAUGUGCGGCUGAUACCAGGAGACCCAGGUGAAGAAGGACCUCCAGGCCAAAUGGGGGGAAUCGGAUACCCGGGUUCACCUGGAGCGAGGGGAGCUGAUGGUUCAGAAGGCUCACCUGGAGAACCGGGUCGGACGGGAAGACCUGGGCGUGACGGACCGAGAGGAGAGGAUGGAGAGAGAGGACGAAUCGGCCGGAAAGGCGCGAACGGAGAGCGUGGCAGGGUGGGAGCCAAGGGUCCUCCAGGUGAGCCAGGUGAGCCAGGUGAGCCAGACUACGGCCCGCCGCCCAGGAGGACCGGCUUCCUGUUCAGCAGACACAGCCAGGACAGCGCCGCCCCGGCCUGCCCGGCCCAGUCCACGCUCAUAUUCAGAGGAUACUCGCUGCUCUUCAUCAACGGCUACAGCCGCGCUCACGGACAGGACCUGGGAACGGUCGGCAGCUGCCUGCAGCGUUUCAGCACCAUUCCCUUCCUGAUCUGUGAGACUGGAGAGGAAUGUCGAUACGCUGAGAGAAACGACUAUUCCUACUGGCUGUCCAACAUCAGGAGCCCAACAAACCAGAGCGACCCAGAGGCGGCGCUGGAGUCCAAGAUCAGCAAGUGUUCGGUGUGCGAGUCUGAAGCCAACGUGAUCGCCAUCCACAGCCAGACCAGCGCCGUCCCGCGCUGCCCUGUGGACUGGCAGUCGCUCUGGACCGGAUUCUCCUUUGUGAUGGAAACUGGUGUCGGUGCCGAGGGCUCGGGUCAGCCUCUGGUUUCUCCCGGAUCCUGCCUGGAAAACUUCCAAGGAAUGCCGUUCCUGGAGUGCAGCAGCAGCUCGGGAACCUGCAAGUACGACAACGCGCUGUACAGCUACUGGCUGGCUGCUCUGGACCCGAACAACAUGUUCAGGAGGCCCAGCAGCUGGAUCCUUCCAGGGAACAACCCAGACAACAUCAGCCGCUGCAGAGUCUGCAUGAAGACCAUGCAGAUGUGACCUUUGACCUCUGACCUCUGAGGGUCAGAAGCCAGGUCGUUCCAACAGCACAUCUGUCCCCCAGGACUCCUGUCCUCCGAAGCAGUCAGACAUGAGCAGAACCAGAACCGGUUGUGGUGUCGCUUGGUUCUGAGCAGGAAGACGUCGCGUUGCCAGGUUGGUGAAGAGCCGCAGCCGGUUCACAAACUCCUCCUGUUGGUUUGUUUCUCAUCAGCAACUUUUAGUCUGAGACCUGAGAAAACUUCAGGAUGAGAGUUUAGUUUAUGAAGAGGCAGCAGAACGGCAUCGGCCAAUCAGAGGCCGGCCCGAAGCCAAAGCAUCGGCCAAUCAGAGGCCGGCCCGAAGCCAAAGCAUCGGCCAAUCAGAGGCCGGCCCGAAGCCAAAGCAUCGGCCAAUCAGAGGCCGGCCCGAAGCCAAAGCAUCGGCCAAUCAGAGGCCGGCCUGACGCUGUCCUCUGCUUGCCUAAAGUCAGAAACUGGUUGAAGAUUUUAGGACUUCCUGGUUCUAUCAGGAAGUCUCUCUGAUAGAAAAUCCAGGCCCAGAGCUUCAUCCUGCCACCACCAUGUCUGACUGUUUUCUGAGUUUUACUGCUGUUUUGGUCUUUUUAUGGAACAUUUUCCAGACUAAAGCUACGUUCACACAGCAGGUUCAGAUUUUUUUAGCCGAAAUCCGAAUUUGUUUUCUGUUUUACUAAUUAAAUACAAUCCGAUUUCUGGUUGAACAGUCUCCAACCGCAAAGAACGAUGUUGCCGUUACCCAGCAGCACUCUGUGAUCGGGACUAAAGAUGGCCGCCGCCAUGUGUGGAUGGUUCUUAAAGAGGCAGCAACAUAUAAAAUCAAACUUUUAAAAAAAUCUUUGUUAUAAUUUUAUUUCCUCGUGAAAAACAAACUUGCAGUUUUGCUUUGAUUCAUUCAUAUUUGAGAUUUCUCCAUGGCAACCAUUCAGCUGCAGAACGCCUGGCUGGACCUAGCCCCGCCUCCGAGACAAACCUCCUCCCCCACUCAGCUCCUUCAGACUAGCUGCCAGCAAUUAGCAAACAGCUGGUGGAACUGCAGAGCCGCUGCUCAGAGCAACACUGGUAAAAAUGUUAAAGCGAUAAUAGAGGGGCCAUGUUGGGAUGACUUCCUGGAGGCGGAGCUUCAGAAAGAGCUGGAGCUUCUUAAGGAGACAGAGGCCCAAUUUCAAAGUCAGGACCUAAAGUUUGUUUUUAGUCAUAUUUGGUCUCCAGAGGAUUUUUGUAGGAAACCAGCUGUUCUAUGAAGCAGUGAGUUCACUGACUCGUUUAUGUCCAGAUUCACCGUCUGGCUUCUUCUGCGGCUGAAUUAUGGCGCAUCUCGUGGCGACGAAGGAAAAGUUGGACAAAAUGUGACACAAUUUAUGAAAACUAUCAAACAAUUGAAUUCCACAUAUAGAAGAGGAACAGAUCAGAUUUUACUGGGAGCGAAAAGAAGGAAAGUCUGAUAUGAUUGCAGUCCCUGCUGUGUGAACGCGGCGUUGACAAAAAACUCGUUGACGAACGCGGUUUUAUUGAAGGCGGCGCCUUGUUGGGGUUUUCUGCCUACUUCAUGUCGUCAUUGGGGUUCUAUUCAGGUUCAGACUGAAUUGACUGAAACGGUGAGAUGUUGCAUUAAACGGUUCAGUUUCUCUGAUGUAACCAAACAUUUUCAACAACAAACCAUCUGUGGCUGACGUCAUGCUCACGUCUGAUUGGCUGAGAGGACAGGAAGUCUGGAAACUGAGACGAUCUGAAAUGUGCUGUGGGAUUUAUGACAUUUUUAUUGUUUUUAUUGCCUCUGUCACAUAUUCACUAACAGUGGCUGUUAAAUCUGUAGAUAAAUCCAUAAAUGUAUUUGAAUCAGUUCUGUUUAAAUAUUUUGUUGUUGUUUUAUCAUCUCAGCAGAAAUGGAGCCAAAACAUAGAAAACAUUUAUGGACUCGACAUGAACACAGAAAACAUGGAGCUCUGUUUCCUCCUGUCAGCUUUUGGUGAAACUAAUUAUUUGUUUCUGAGGUUUUAAAUCCAACUGAAGUGUUAAAUAUCAUCUUUAAAGAUGGCUGACCUCAGCCUGACGCUCUCAUUCGGUUCAUAGGGAUGAUUAUCUAUGGAGGAAUUUUACUGCCAUAAGUUGACAGCACACAUUUCCAGUCUGAAAGCAGGAUUUCAUUUCUUUGUUCUCAAAUCUUUCAAAUCUUUGUUUUCUUUGAGUGGCUGUGCUGCAUCCAGGUAGAUGUUACUAGAAAACCCAUUGAAAUGAUCAAAAUCAGCCAUUUUUCUGGAAUAAUGCCGUGACUCUUUAACCCGAGGUAAUCAGCAGAGGGGAGGGGUUACCACUUUUUCUGUAUAUUUAUCCAUUUUUCGCUAAAAAUCAUUUUAGCAACUCUUAUUCUGUGUAGCAGACUUUCAUGGCAGCGAAGCUCUGCAGAAAGUAUUUGAAAGGGCAGAAAUUUUGAGAGUAAAGAUUAAAUUCUGUGACUUAUGGCAGUAAAAUCCCCCAUAGUUAUCUGAUCUAAUGGACUUUCAGAGUUUUCUGCGUUUUUCUCAUCGUGUUUCCUGCUACAGCUUCCUGUCAGUCGGUUCACUUCAUCCUCAUGUAAAUCUGUUUCUUUGUUUUAUUAAAAUUUCUUCAUCAAUCAUCUUC